AGAUAUAAUACUUUGUACACAUAUACUGAUACAAUACAAACGCUGUCAUUCAAUAUAGGACUCCCUGUAUUAUGCAAAUAUGCAACAGUCUGGCAAUUAUAUGUAAAUCUAAUGCGUCAUGGUCGGUUUUUUUCUUUUUUUACAUGCGACAAAAGCUUUCCUUUGAGUUAACGCAUGCAUGUCCGAAAAAUGAUGCAUUUUAAGAUGUAUUUUUGCCAAUUAUAAACUGCAUGGUGAACCAAUAAAUAGUUACAUUAGUGAAUGAGAUUAAGAUAGGGACAUUGAGUUAGGAACACUAUGUUUUAACGCACGCAAUAAAUAAUUUUCUAUUUAGAAAUCUUAUGUAGAGUUUACAUAAGAUCUGACACGCCCUCAUAAUAGCCGAAUUGACCAGAUUUUUCCUAUAGGAGAGGGUGGCAAUGAAGUCGUUCUUCAAAAUCUUUUGGAACAUUUUGGUCUGGCUUAACAUUUGCUUCUGAGGUGUCAUUUGAACGCUAACUUUGAAACCGUGGUCAAUUUCUGUAGACUACUGGGAGAUGAUCUGUUCUGUUCCUUUGAGGGGGCGUGUCUGCUAUAGGAAAAGGAUUACAGCCUGCUGAAGAGAUGGAAUGGAAUGAAUUUUGCAGACUAAAGGGAAAACUCUUCUGAGAUACUGGAGUAGAAACAUAAGGACUGCAGAGUGUUGGGUUACGGAGCAUUAUCCAGCAGGACCUCAGGGUCCCCCAGAAAACCUCUCGGGAAUUGCUCUUGCAUGGGUGAUCAGUAUUGUGAACUCUUCACAGGAUGCUAUAUGGAGCUUUCUGAUCUCAGAGAUCCUGUGGAAGAGGAACAUACAAAUUAAUGGGAAAAGAGUUGUAAAUUAAAUCAGCCUUUGAAGGGAAAUAGGUUCAGUGGGACACAAUGAGGAGAAUUCACAUAAAAGGAGAUGUUCUGUGCACCCUGAUCAUGUUGGGGCUACUCUGUCUGCUGUUGUAUGCCCACCAAUGCUUCACUCCCACCUGGGACACUUGGCACUUAGAGCAGGGCUCUACAAGCUCCCGUGCUCUUCUAGGGGCUCUACCAGAGAGCCAUGUGACUAAACUGGUCCCCUCUAUGCACCCAGAUAAGACAAAGUGCCAGUCUGAGCCUCAGUCACAUCCAAAGUCCAAACUUCAGUCUAAAUCCAAACCUAAGACCAAGACCAAAUCUAGAUCCAAGUCAAAGAAAGAUGAGGGGACAAAGAAGGUUGCUCCAACAAAGGCUGCUCCUGUUUUACCCACACAACCACCUUUUGACUUUGAAGGUUACCUAAGAGAUAAGGACAACCGGGACUUCAGACUGCUGAUAGACCAGCCAGGGAAGUGCUCAGGUGAGCUCUACAUGCUCAUUACUAUCAAGUCUGUAGCCGCAGACUUUGAAAGGAGGCAGGUAGUGCGGCACACCUGGGGAAGAGAGGGUGUUCUCCAGGAUGGGCAGACAGUGAAGACUGUAUUCCUCCUUGGGGUACCCAGGAACAAGACAGCCCUGCCUUUAUGGGACCGGCUCCUUGCCUAUGAGAGCCACACCUUUGGGGACAUUCUCCUCUGGGACUUUGAUGACACAUUUUUCAAUUUGACACUUAAAGAGACCCACUUCCUCCAGUGGGUGAAUGGCAGCUGCUCCAAUGUCCAGUUUAUCUUCAAAGGUGAUGCGGAUGUCUACGUGAAUAUAGACAACAUUUUGCAGAUGCUGAAGGGUCAGAAGCCUGACAAGGACCUCUUUGUGGGUGACAUCAUCCACCACGCCCGCCCCAUCCGCCGGCGCAGCAGCAAGUACUUUGUGCCUGAGUUUGUGUACGGCCAGACAAUGUAUCCGUCAUAUGCAGGAGGGGGAGGCUUUGUGAUGUCCGGUCACACCGCCAGGCGGCUGAGUGGAGCGUGUCAGCAGGUAGAAUUAUUCCCCAUUGACGAUGUGUUCUUAGGCAUGUGCUUAAAGAGAAUCGGAGUCAAACCGUCACGCCAUGAAGGUUUCCGUACAUUUGGAAUUGUGCGCCCCUCUGCUGCUCCCCACCUCCAGGUGUUUGACCCUUGUUUCUACAGGGAGCUGAUGGUGGUACACAGCCUGACAGUGCCACAGAUCUGGCUCAUGUGGAACCUGCUGCAUGACCCCCAACUGAGCUGUCACAGUAACCUGGCCCCCACCCCAUGGCCCUUUAAGUGGAGGGGCAAGGUACUCGGGACAACAGGACAGAAGGACUCUGAGACUACAGUGGAACAGGACUAUGAUGUUACAGUGUUUGUAAAGCAUUGAGGGCUUUGUGUUAUGUCGAUUAGAGGGACUACACUGUGAAAGAGCCAUUGGGAUAUGGAAGCUGUGAUUGAAUGUUUGGUAGUUAUUUUUAGGUAACACAGUGGUUUUUGCUUAACAGUUUACAGCCAUGGUAAAUGUGCAUUGUCUCUAGGAAACAGUAUUUUUUUCUUAUCUUUUUCUUGGAAAAAUCCUAGAUGUAAAAACCAGUUGGUAAAUUUACUGUGGUGGUAAUGUUUUAAAAACACCCCUGCUCAAUUUAGGUACAGUAUGACUUACUUUGUUUAUUUUAUUGCACAGAGCCUCAAUAAGGUCAAUAUAGAUUGAAACGUGUGCCAGGUUGAUUUUGUGCAGUAGAAUAUACAGUUCGGCGUUGUAAAUGAAGUAUCUUUGGGUGCGUUCGUAAAUUCACUCUGAAUGUUAUGUGCACAGCACCUACUUUUUUAGUUCACCAUUAGCUACACUGAAGAUGACAAUCACCAGCCCAGAGUAAACCCUGAACAGUUGAGUGUGGUGUGCUUUCAUAUACAAUACUUCUGAUAAUCAGAAUCCUUACAUGCUGUUUCUUUUUAAACUUAUGUUCAGCUAUACCUCCAACUGUAGUCCAAAUGCUGUAAGUAGACGACAUGCUGUUGAUAUCAAAAUGUAAAGCAAUCAGUUAACACUGAAUUGUCCCUGGUGGAAAACAUGUGCAUGUACUGCUUUUUUGUUCUUUAAAAA